UUCUUUGUUUAUGGUUUCUGGUGGAACAAGAACUCUGUUGCUUGAAGUUGCAUUGUGUUUUUUAUGAUACAAAGAAUCCUUUUCACAAAAUUUUAUAAAAAUGAUUGUCACCUUUCUGAUGGUUUUACGCUGUAACAGCUAUAUGCAAUAAAUGACAUAAGGUCAAAACAAUGUGUAUAGCCUAUACACUGAAUCUCUGAUUCUCCUCUAUGCAUAUAUAUAGACGGAGCAAAUAUAAUUUUUUUUUGCAAGUUAUCUUAAACGAUCAUCAAAAAUGUGCCGUAGAAUACGAGAAGAUAUAUCGAUUCCUUUGUUUGGUCCGAAAAUGAUCACUGUUGCAUUAUUACUAGUCUCGUUUUCUUUUUAUGGUCAAUUAGGUUAUUCGGAGGCACAACUAGAGUUUGGAUUCUAUUCAGAAACAUGUCCAAGAGCAGAAUCAAUCAUACGCGAUGUUGUUCAGCAGGCGGUGACCAACGACCCCGGAAAGGCUGCUGUCUUACUCCGUCUCCAGUUCCACGAUUGCUUCGUUGAGGGUUGUGAUGGGUCGAUACUAAUCAAGCACGAUGGGAAAGAUGACGAAAGGUUUGCCGCAGGUAAUGCGGGUGUGGCUGGUUUCGAUGUUAUUGACAAAGCCAAAUCAGAGCUUGAACGUCUUUGUCCGGGCGUUGUGUCUUGCGCGGACAUCGUUGCUCUUGCUGCUAGAGAUGCUAUCGUUGAGACAAAAGGACCAUUUUAUGAGGUUCCAACCGGUAGGAGAGACGGUCGGAUUGCAAGUGAUGGUCAUGCUACGAACUUACCAGAUGUUCAAGAUUCUAUAAACUCCUUGAAAUCAAAAUUUAGAGAAAAAGGGCUUUCAGAUCAAGAUCUUGUACUUCUUAGUGCUGGUGCACAUACUAUCGGUACAACAGCAUGCUUCUUUGUCAUACAACGUCUAGAUGCUCAAGAUCCUACGAUAGAUCCAGAAUUCUUUCAAAUCUUGAGAUCAAAAUGUCCCCGUGGUGGUGAUGUUAAUGUCAGGAUUCCUUUGGAUUGGGAUAGCCAGUUUGUGUUUGAUGACCAAAUCUUGCGAAACAUUAAAAAUGGUCGAGGUGUCAUUUUAUCGGACUCUGUCUUGUACCAAGACAAUAAUAUGAAGGCAGUCAUUGAUUCGUACCUAGAAACUAAUCAAAGUUCAGUUAAAGCUCAUUUUGCUGCGGAUUUCACAAAAGCCAUGGUAAAGAUGGGUGCUAUUGGAGUGAAAAUCGGUGUUGAAGGAGAGAUUAGACGUUUAUGCAAUGCUACAAACUAGUUUCGAAGAACUCAUGUAUAGUUAAAGUAUAAAAUCCGAGUAUGUUGUUGGAAUAAUAAAAUAAACAAAUUUGC